UUCAAAAUGGCGGAGUAACAACAAACGUAAGGUUCACUUUUCACUGUAAAAGUGUAAAUAUGGCUGACAAAAAAGGGAAAUCUGUCGGUGUUAAGAGAACAUUAACGAAAAGAGAGCAGGAGGAGCUGAAGAAAAAGGAAGAGGAGAAAGCUGCUGAAGUCUUUGAGGAAUUUUUGGCUUCUUUUGAUAGUAAAGAUAAGAGUGGAGUGAAGACUUUUGUUCGAGGUGGGAUUGUGAAUGCCACUAAAGAGGAAGAAGCAGGUGAAUUGAAGAAGAGCAAACUGUACAGACCCUCUACUAAAUUCAUCCCAGUGUCACAGAAUGUCUCACCAAUCCAGCCUUCAGAAGCCAAGAAGACUGUUGUGAAGAAGAGAGCUGAAGAGAAGAAGAAGAGUAAUUUGGAGCUGUUUAAAGAGGAGCUGAAACAAAUCCAGGAGGAGCGAGAAGAGAGGUAUAAAAGGAAGAAAAAUGAUCCUGGAGGAAUUUACCCAGACGUCGACUUACCUCUGACACGACGAUCAAUCUUUGAUGAUGAUCCUGCAGUUCCAACCACAACUAACCUGUAUAUCGGCUGUAUCAAUCCAAAGAUGACAGAGGAGAUGCUGUGUAAGGAGUUUGGGAAGUAUGGACCAUUAGCCAGUGUAAAGAUCAUGUGGCCGCGGACGGACGAGGAGAGGACCAGAGUCACUAACCGGGGUUUUGUCGCCUUCAUGACGCGCAAAGAUGCCGAGAGAGCCCUUGCCGCCUUAGACGGUAAGACAAUCAUGGGCUUUGAGAUGAAGCUUGGCUGGGGUAAAGCAGUCCGAAUCCCUCCCCAGCCCCUUUACAACCCCAUAGGUGUCCUCAAAACGUCCACACCCCCUCCUCCCUCUGGCCUCCCCUUCAACGCCCAACCCCGCGACCGCUUCCGAAACGACUUCACCAAGCCGAGAGGCCGCUCUCAGGACGACCUGUACAAGACUCUGUGCGACGCCGUAGUGACAGUGGUUAUCCCCUCACAAAGGAAUCUGUUAGGUCUGAUCCACAGGAUGAUUGAGUUUGUGGUGCGGGAGGGGCCGAUGUUUGAAGCCAUUAUCAUGAACAGGGAGAAGAAUAACCCUGACUUCAGGUUCCUGUUUGACAACAAAAGCCAGGAGCAUGUUUACUACAGAUGGAAGCUUUACUCAAUACUGCAGGGUGAGUCACCCAAUGAGUGGAGGACAUCUCUUUUCCGAAUGUUCCGUGGGGGAUCACUCUGGAGACCCCCUGUGCUAAACCCUUAUCUCCAUGGAGACGAGGAGAGGGGUGAAGAGAACUCUUCCCCUGUUCAGGAUGAAGAACUGAAGAAAGGGCAGCUAAAGGCAGAACACAGGGAUAAGCUGGAGUCUUUGCUGAGAGGGUUAACUCCGCGGAGAGAUGAAAUCGGUGAUGCCAUGCUCUUCUGUCUGGAGAGAGCUGAGGCUGCAGAGGACGUGGUGGCCUGUAUCGCAGAGUCUCUGUCAGUAUUACAGACUCCACUACAGAAAAAGAUUGCGAGAUUGUACCUGGUGUCUGACAUUCUGUACAACUCUUGUGCCAAGGUGGCUAAUGCAUCGUAUUACCGCAAAUAUUUUGAGGUGAAGCUUCCGGAGAUGCUGGCAGAUGUAAGCCUAGCCUACAGGAAUAUCCAGGCCAGACUGCAGGCCGAACAGUUCAGGCAAAAAGUCAUGAGCUGCUUUAGGGCGUGGGAAGAUUGGGCCAUUUACCCAGAUUCCUAUCUGAUCCAGCUUCAGAACAUCUUUCUUGGCCUUGUCAAACCUGGAGAAGAGCUUAUAGAGAAGACAGAGGCUGCGUCUCCAGAUCUGGACGGGGCUCCUCUGGAUGGUGUUCCUCUGGAUGGAGCAGCAUUAGACGGCACGCCGCUGGACGACCUGGACGGCUCGCCCAUGGUGUGGGACCCUGCCUCCAUCGACGGAGUGCCUGUGGACGAUAUCGACGGAGUCCCCCUGGAACCUGCUCUGGACGACAUCGACGGCGUCCCCUUGGAUGAGGCCUCUGAUAAAAGUUUACCCAGUGUAGCUCUGUCCAAAUGGGAGAGAGUGGACAGCACUGAAACUCCAGCUAAAGCUGAGUGCAAAUGGGAUGUGCUAGGAGAGAGGAGCUCCGAGGAUGAUCUGAAUGUCAGUGGAGACACUAAGGAGAAUGAGGAAGACUCCGACGAAGAGAGCAGCGAUGACCAGUGCAGUCCCAGUCGAUAUGACGGAGCUGAGUUUAAGAGCUCGCUCAGAAACUUUGAGUUGUCUGAGAGCAAAAGGACUCGACUCCGAGAACUGGAGGUGAAGGUGAUGAAGUUCCAGGAUGAACUGGAGUCUGGGAAGAGACAGAGGAGGUCCAGUAUGACUCUACAGCAACAGGUCCAACACUACAGAAACAAACUCCUUCAGAAGGAGUUUGAUAAAGACGACCAGGAGAAGAGAGACAAAUCAGCACAAAAGCAGAAAGAGAAACUGAAGAAAGACGAGAGGAGGGACAGAGGCGAGGACAGGAGUAAAACCAGGGAGAAGGAGAAAGAGCGGGAGAGGAGUAAGAGGAGCGAGGACAGAGAGAGGAGUAGAGGGAGGAGCAGAGACUCGGAUGACAGGAGAGAGAGGACAAAAUCCAGAUCUCCGAGGAGAUCCAAACGCUCCCGAUCACCGUCGCCCUCACGCAAGUCCUGGAGGUCCAGUUCAAGGUCUCCUCACCGCUCCCACAAGAAAAUGAAGAAGAGCAAACAGUGAACUCUAAGCCCACCCCAUCUCUGCCUGGCAGCCAAGUUACACUCAAGGACUGCCUUCCCUCUAACACACACACACACUUUUCUCCCAUGGUUCUCCACAACUGACCUCUUCCAGUAUGAUCAACUGCUGCCUGUAUCCUUCCCAGAAUCCUCUGCAUUGUGGCUGCUCCAAUCAGAAGCCAGGGCUUGGCACAUUUUUUUGUAAGACGAAAUUUGGACAUUAUUUGUACAGUUCUCUCUUUUUUGUUGUUGUUGUUUAACGAUUUUAUUUGUUUGGUUUUAUUUUUGAAUUCCAGUUCAGAUGCAAUUAUUGUGAGA